AUGUUUGGAUAUCCUCUGAUCUGUAGCCUAUACACAUCUAACCCAGACUUCCAUGUGCUAUCGCCUCAAGACUUUUUCCAGAAUCCCGUCACAUAUUUGAGAGGUCACCUCGACACUAUUGUCCGUGAACGCAGCAGCAGGUCUGCAGCUCUUAUUCUUCUCCUUCUGUGUGAUGGGAAACUGGACCUGGUUUCGUUCCAGCUUGGUAAAGGAGAAACAGAUAUGUUUCAAGUUGUGAAGGAAGUGGUUCCAUCUUGCACUCCUACAGAGAUUGGUAACGAAAUCGGCAAUUUCACUGGAACCUACUGUACAGUGGAGAAAAACAUGGCUUUCUUCUCACAUCCAUCAAUUUAUGAUGCAACAGCUUGUGCCUUUGGAAACUACAAUCCGAGUUUGUUGCUGAAACAUUGCUCGUUGAAGUUUCUAUACGAAAGAGUAAAGCGGGAAAAGAGAGGCCAGCAACAACUAGGAUUCACUGAUGAUGUCACAAACCUGAUCCACCUCAGUCCUGGUCUGUACCCCUUCGUGUUGACGAGGCUGGUGGAAGAGGGGGCUGACCUGUCACUUACUGAUAAAGGCAACAGUGACUGCCUGAUGUUGGCAUGCAAGAAAGGAAACAUGUCUUUUGUGAAACAUCUCCUAUCACUCAAGACAUUGGACAUCAAUCGAAAAAGAGGCAGUGAUAUGCAGACACUAGUCAUGAUGGCAGCAGACUGGGGAAAUUAUGAUGUGUAUAACCUUCUUGUCUCAGAGGGGGCUGACCUGUCACUUACUGAUGAAGAGAACAGGGACUGUCUGAUGUUGGCAUGCAAGGAAGGAAACAUGUCUAUUGUGAAACAUCUCCUAUCACUCAAAACAUUUGACAUUAAUCGAAAAGGAGGCAGUGAUAUGCAGACACCAGUCAUGAUGGCAGCAGCCGUGGGACAUUAUGAUGUGUAUAACCUUCUUGUCUCAGAGGGGGCUGACCUGUCACUUACUGACAAAUACAACAGUGACUGUCUGAUGUUGGCAUGCAAGGAAGGAAACAUGUCUAUUGUGAAACAUCUCCUAUCACUCAAAACAUUUGACAUCAAUCGAAAAGGAGGCAGUGACAUGCAGACACCAGUCAUGAUGGCAGCAGCUGGGGGACAUUAUGAUGUGUAUAACCUUCUUGUAUCAGAGGGGGCUGACCUGUCUCUAACUGAUGACGACAACAGUGACUGUCUGAUGUUGGCAUGUGAGGGAGGAAACAUGUCUGUUGUGAAACAUCUGCUAUCACUCAAAACAUUUGACAUCAAUCGAAAAGGAGGCAAUGAUAUGCAGACACCAGUCAUGAUGGCAGUGAAAAAGGGACAUUAUGAUAUGCAUAACCUUAUUGUAUCAGAAGGGCCUGACCUGUCACUUACUGAUGAAGUCAACAGUGACUGUCUCGUGUUGGCAUGUCAGGGAGGAAACAUGUCUAUUGUGAAACAUCUCCUAUCACCCAAAACAUUUGACAUCAAUCGAAAUGGAGGCUUCUUCAUGCAGACACCAGUCAUGAUUGCAGCAGCUUGGAUACAUUAUGAUGUGUAUAACCUUCUUGUCUCAGAGGGAGCUGACCUGUCACUGACUGAUAAAGACAACAGUGACUGUCUGAUGUUGGCAUGCAAGGAAGGAAACAUGUCUAUUGUGAAACAUCUCCUAUCACUCAAAACAUUUGACAUCAAUAGAAAAGGAGGCUUCUUCAUGCAGACACCAGUCAUGAUGGCAGUUGAAAAGGGACAUUAUAAUUUGUAUAACCUUCUUGUAUCACAUGGGGCUGACCUGUCACUUACUGACAAAUACAACAGUGACUGUCUGACGUUGGCAUGCAAGAAAGGAAACAUGUCUAUUUUGAAACAUCUGCUAUCACUGAAAACAUUUGACAUCAAUAGAAAAGGAGGCUUCUUCAUGCAGACACCAGUCAUGAUGGCAGUGGAUGGAGGACAUUAUGGUGUGUAUAACCUUCUUGUAUCAGAGGGGGCUGACCUGUCACUUACUGACACAUUCAACCGUGACUGUCUGACGUUGGCAUGCCAGGAAGGAAACAUGUCUAUUGUGAAACAUCUGCUAUCACUGAAAACAUUUGACAUCAAUAGAAAAAGAGGCUUCUUCAUGCAGACACCAGUCAUGAUGGCAGUGGAUGGAGGACAUUAUGAGGGGGCUGACCUGUCGCUCACGGAUGCAGAGAACAGUGACUGUCUGAUGUUGGCAUGCAAGGGAGGAAACAUGUCUAUUGUAAGACACCUGCUAUCACUCAAAACAUUUGACAUCAAUCGAAAAGGAGGCAGUGAUAUGCAGACACCAGUCAUGAUGGCAGCAGAAAGGGGACAUUAUGAUGUGUAUAACCUUCUUGUCUCAGAGGGGGCUGACCUGUCACUCACGGAUUAA